GCACAUCUGCAACGGUCCUCUCCCCUGGCCCUCUCUCUCUGCCUGCCCCCUGGCUGCGUAAGAUUAGCGGGAAGAUGGAGGAUUUUGAGAGGGAAUAUGCUGACGAGUUGGAAAUGAUGACCGAAGAGAGCGCCCACUCUGCUGGACCUCCCUCCCGCAGAUCGCUGGAUUUUUGCAGUCCAGCUUUACCGCGCAGGAAGAGGUCACUUUCAUCUGAGAGUCCACUGCCUACAGUGUCUUCUGCUCCUCCAUAUAAAGUGCGGUGUGUGGAUAAGUCCCAUGAGUCUGAACUACCACCCACCCAGCCUCAAGUGACGCCCACGAGACCAUUUGUAGCAUUUGGUUCUAUUAGACCAAGUAAAUUUCUACCUACCACUGGCCAUGAUGGAACAGUUACCUGUUCUCCGCCAUGUUCCCCACCUCUUGCCAUUCAAACGUCUGACCACAACUCCCAGUCUCCGUGUAAUAACGAUGUAAUGUACACAACUCCAACAAAACAGGAGAAGGAAAACGCUAAACAGACCCCCUCAUCGACAUCAAAGUAUCAGCGAGCACUAGCUCCCCCUGAAUCACCGAACAAAGACCAUUCAAAGAAGUCAAAUGUUUCAAUCGUGGAAAAGUUCAAUGCAGUCUACCGUACACUAACUACGCAACCUGUAACAGAUGAUUUUGAAGAUGAAGUAGUUGAUGAUAGUUACAGUCCAGUACUGGAGAGAAGAUCUACUAUGGAGGUGGUCGCCCCAUCCUCUGGAGUACUAACAAGAGCUCCAGCCAGCCCUCACAUAACUGUCACCGCCAGUGAUGGUCGUCGAGUUUAUCUAAAAAUGCAGCAGUCAAAACAAUUGUCCCAGAGUUCAUUGAGUAUUGUGUCUGGUUGUUUACUCCCAGUGUCAUUCUCGCAAUUGAGAUCGGCCGUUCGGGAAGAGCGGAGAAGAAGGUUGAUAGAGCAGGCAGAGCAGGUGCUGAAUUCCUUGAAGAGUUCUGUGGAAAGUGAGUCCCGACCUCUUCUUAAAGAUUCUGAGAUGACAGAGGAAGAUGGACCAAAAACAAAACAGUCUGCUGAUAAUCUUUGGGUGGAUAAGUAUGCUCCAAGGCAUUAUACUCACCUGCUCAGUGAUGAUGGUAUCAACCGUACGCUGCUGUCUUGGAUCAAGCUCUGGGACGAGACAGUCUUUGGCCACAGCUCUCUCUCCUCCAGCAAUGGCAAUGUGGGUACUGUAUCUAGUACAGCCAAAGAGAAAGAAGGAUCAAAGAAUAGACCUUCUCAGCAUGGCUCAGGUGAUGUGAGAGGAGGUGGUACUAGUUGGAGGGGAGGACUUCGUGGUGGGAAGAGUGAAUGGCGCGAGCUUGGAGACCCUGUCACCUUUUCAAGUGUGGAGGCACUAGAUGAGUCAAGACGACCCAAGUUAAAGCUGGCACUUUUGUGUGGUGCUCCUGGCCUUGGAAAGACUACCCUGGCCCAUGUCAUAGCCCAACAUGCUGGCUACCAGGCUGUGGAAAUGAAUGCCAGUGAUGAUCGUAGUGCGGAUCUGUUUAGGCAGAAGCUAGAGGCAACUACUCAGAUGCAGGCUGUUCUAACACCUAAUCACAGGCCUACGUGCCUCAUUAUUGAUGAAAUUGAUGGGGCCCCCACGGCUGCUAUCAAUGUCCUUAUUGAGAUGGUAAAGAGAAAAGAUUCAGGGAAAAAGAAGAAAACACGCCAAAAGAUUUUGUCACGCCCCGUGAUCUGCAUCUGUAAUGAUCAAUAUGCACCUUCCUUGCGUCAGCUGAAGCAGUUUUGUCUGGUCCUAAUGUUCCCUCCGACUUUGGCCUCCAGACUUGCGUCACGACUGCAACAAGUUACCCACCAGGAGCAUAUGAUCUCAUCCAUAUCAACGCUAAUGGCACUAUGUGAGAAAUCAGAAAAUGAUAUUAGGGCUUGUCUCAACACCCUCCAGGUAUGUGCAUACAUUAGCUGUUAAAAAUAGCUUCUGUUUCACUGGCACAAGAACGGAGCGGCCAUUCCACUCUGUUGUGUUUGUAGUAGCGUGCAUUUCCUUCACAAGCGAUGGUGGGACGGCCAAUGACAGCAAAACCAAGAAAAGUCACAGCACAGAGCGACGAGAAAGCUUCCAUGCACGGGUCUUGUCACUCCAUUGCACUACAGAAUCAUGGGGAGUUACUGAUCCUCUUCCCGGAAAGUCUGGUCCCGCGAGACUGCAGGAGGAAGGUCUUGCAAUGCAAAGAAGUUGUGUUCCAUUGCUUCCCUUAGCGUUUAGCAGUUGCGUAGUUCACACCAACAUAUGUUAUGAUGUGCACUUGACACAUUUCAAUUCUGAGAUAUGAACGUUGUCAAGGCUGUUAGCUUCUUUCUGGUUCACCCACAUCUCUUAGUUUAUUAGCAGACAGGAGCAGGAACUCACACUGGGACUAGUUCAGAAUGCUAGUGUGGGACAGAAGGAUGCUCAGAUGGGUCUGUUUUCCUUAUGGAAAGAGAUAUUCCAGCUUCCUUCCACUAAGAGGCGUUCUGUAGGUCGUUUAAUUGGCAGUAUCAAUGCAACUUCUCAAGGUGGUCAAGAGAUGGGUGCUUCUGCUGCUCGGUUCUACCACAUGCUCUCUGCUGCAUCUUCCUGUGGAGAGUAUGAGAAAGUGUCCAACGGAUUGUUUGAAAACUACUUGAACAUUCGAUUCAAAGACCCAAACCUGGAGGCAAUAUGUAUUGGUCUGGACUGGGUGGUGUUCUACGAUACACUUCAGCAGCACAUUGCUCAAACCCAGAGCUACCUGUUCUGGGGGUAUCUCCCUUUUCUUUCUGUGACCUUUCAUUUUCUCUUUGCCGCUCCCUCCAAGCCAUACAUCAGAUAUCCUCACACAAACUUUGAGAUGUUUCAGAAGAAGAAACAGAAUAACCACUUGCUGUCAUCGGUUACAAUGGAGGCACCACCACAUAUCCAGCGUAUGCUAACCUCAACCCAGCUAGCCCUGGACAUGCUGUGUCCAAUACUGGAGAUCAUCACCCCCUCCUUUAGGCCUGUAAGC